UAAAUUCCUUUGAGAAAUCUGGGUAAAUAGAGGCAACAGAGCUCAGAUUUGCAGACAGGUAAAAGGCGACUCAAGGACUUUGACAAGACAGAGGAAGAAUAGAAAGAAACAGGCAUUGAAUUAGAGAAUUGAUGUCUUAUUAAACUGAUGAGCAUAGCUCUGACUCUUAUCAACUUACAGUGCAGCUAUAAAAGACAGAAAUAAACAAAAAAGAGUGAGGAAAAAAAACCAAGAUCUCGCAUCUAAACUCCUUCAGCAGAACGUGAAAGAGCCCCAACCUUCUCACUGAGCUCUUUAAAACCCAACUAUUUAAACAUUUGCCAGUAGAGGUUUAGACGAGGAUCGUUGUCAAGAGCUAUGGAAAGCUUAUAGCUUUUUCCUGCUGGUUUUCUUUGUUUACAGAUUUUCUGUUUUGAAGAUGUGCCCAGUUUGGAGGAAGACUCUGGGACGGCCCCAUCUCUGAAGGAUGAAGGCUUGCAGAGCGGCUCACUCCAGCGCUUUGCACAGCUGAUGAAAAGGGGGAAAUUCCAGCAGUUCUACGGCCUGAUGGGAAAACGGGCUAGUGGGGUGCCACAUACUUCACCAGAGGAGCAUAAGAGGCACCAAGGAGAGACGUUCAUAGGACUCAUGGGACGAAGAUCCUCCAGUGAGAGUCAACACAGGACUGGGACAACAGCCAGCCACUUCCUGCAUGGGAGCCAUAGCAUGACACUCCAUCAGCAACCAACAUCUGCUCCUUUCCUUCACAAGCACUAGAUUACGAUAGCUAUGUAGUCUGCUCAUCUAUUCACACCCCAUGAACGGAGUAACACAGUGCUUUCUAGUACCAGAUAAGCGCUUUAAGAUCUUUUCUUUUACUACUGUCUCCUUUUGUCAAACUGCUAUGAUGUAUAAAUGUAUUGCUGUUGCAGCGAAGAGUUGGCGCUUUCUUUACAUCACAUUCGAUGAGCAGUGCACAGGGUUAGCACAUCCCGUCCUUACUCCUGUAGACAGACAGACAUACACACUUUGGUUUCCUCGAUAAAGCCUGAAAUGUAAGUUCUUAAAAAUCAAAAGAGGAAGGAAUGCUUAUCUAAUAAUUUUCUUCAGUUUUUUAAAGUUAAUACCUGACUGCAUGGAGCUAGUGGGGACAUAAAAGUUGAAUAACUUAAGUACACAACGUAUAUGGCAAGAAAGCUUUAUUUUCUCUCCUUCAUCUCCCAUUUCAAUUCAUUAUGGAAUAAGCAUCUAUUGUGGGGCAAGCACAAAAAAUAACACCUGAAAAGCUUUCAGUCACCUCAUUGUGGGGUGGGAAUGGAGAUUUUUUUGUUCUGUAUUUGUACACAGAACAAUUGUUCAGCAGCAUUAUAAUGGGAUGCAUCGCUCUGGUAGGUUAGGCCACAGAGCUCUGUAGUCUAAGGUGCAGAGUGUAAUUAGGAGGCUACUGCAUUCAGUAAACUUUCACCAUUAAGAGUAAUGAAGAAUUUCCUAGUAAUCAAAUAGCAGCCUCAGCUCAAAGAGACUACAGUGUGUCUCAGCACCAUCUUCCUCUUGAGAGAUACAUACAGCUGCUCGUUGAGAAAGACACUCCCCUCUACAUCCCCACAAACACUGUGCGAUCCUCACAGAAACCUUGAGCAUCACAUUCAUAUUUCCUCUUGUCCCUGUAGUCUAAUAAAUAGGCAAGUGAUCUACUGGUACAGCUACCAAGAUCAAUGGUUUCUGCCAAAUUCCCACGAGUUGUUUUCUACGGCAAAAGUAUCAGACUUCACCAGAGUGAGACAUUCCCUUAUUUCUAAUGUCCAACCCUUCUGCUAUAGGAGAAGGGUGGGAAUGAUGUCAACAGAGGCUAUUUAGCAAUGUUCUCAUCAUCAAGGUUUCAUAUAUUCUCCCUGCUGAUCAAAGGCUCUUCCUCUUCAUGGAGGAACAGAGCAGGUGGUAACACAGGGUAGGUGCACAGGAUGCUCAUCCCAAUCAGAGGGUAAGAGAGGAGAGCAAGAAGAAGGGGAACCCAGGAUGAGUUCGCUUCCCACAGUGAAUCUCUGGAGAGAGAUGGAACCAGAAGCAGUUUGAUUAGCUUUCCAAUUUAAAUCAGACAUUGUAGCAAAGGCUCGAAAUCUUUAAGGUCUGCCUUGAACUUCAAACUUUUGAUCUUCAAAAGACAGAGACUUAGUUCUUCAAAAUUCUCCGGGGGGGGGGGGGGGGGGGAGAAGGAAGAAAUAGGUCUCAUUUCAAAGAGUUUAAGGCCAGAAGGGACUAUUGGAUCACCCAAUCUUACUCUAUACCACAGCCCAUUAUUAUCACCAGAUACCCCUAUAUUAAGUCUGAAGACUUCCAUUAGACUAAAGCAUUUCAGUCCUCAGUGGACUAAACUGUGUGCCACAGGCAGAGAACAGGAGACUAAAAGGUGUCAUGAUCAUGGAAGAACAACUAGGACCAUCAGUCCUAGGAAGCUCCUCCCUUCUUUCAACAACUUUGGGUGGCCACUACAGUCAGCUUGGUAUGAAGUAUGGACGUUGGCAGUACGGUCUUUGUGUAACUCUAGCAGGUACAAUAACCCUUUCUCAACAGCACCAUCCACCGCAGAAAGCCAUUUCUAAACAAAGCUAAUACAGGAUCUAGGACACCUUUAACGCAGCCAACUUGAAGGCUGCUUCAGUCACUAUCCCCAUUACAAUGACAGCAUAAAGGCAGGUUCAAAAGUAUCUUACACGUUAG